AUGGCGAGCAGAAACACUAAAGAGUCGUUACCUUCGAUGGAGGUGCUCAUGAGAGUGCUGACUGAUAGGCAGCAGCAUGCACAGAAGAUCAAAGAAGAAUAUCAAAGGAAGUUAGCCGAAUUAACAGAAUUAAUGAACGCAUUAUUUGAUGACAGGUUACAAGGGAAAGCGAAAUUGGAUACUGAAACGUUGAAUGAAAAGUUGAAAACUGAUAUAGAUAUUAUCGAACGCGAUGGAAAGCGCUAUGCUUUAAUACCUAUUACAAGUACAAAACAGCAACGGAAGAGCCAUAAGACUGUUAAAAUUGCUUGUUCGUAUUGUAAAGAGCUUGGCCACACUCGUGCCAAAUGCGAAAAACGUCUACUAAACGUGGGACACGGUAAAUAA